AUGAAUCAUAAUAACAAUAGAUUGGGGUGUAGGUAUUUAUUUAGAUUUUGUCUGAAGGACUGUUUAUAUUUUAUCUGAGCUGAAAUUUAGUAAUAAAAUUUACAAGUAUGGCUACAGGAGUUUUGCCAUUUGUUCGUGGAGUUGAUUUUUCUAAAAAUGAUUUUAGUGACUCAAAAUUUCCGGCAGCUAUUAAAGAGAUGAAUAGGGUUCAAUGGCUAACAUUAGACGACACACAUCUUCACGAAAUUCCGGAAGAACUUGGAAACUUAUUUAAACUAGAACACCUCUCACUGAAAAGUAAUGAAUUAGAGAAACUAUUUGGAGAAUUGACAGGACUCCCUUGCUUACGUUCACUAAACCUUCGAAAGAAUCAAAUUAAAAAUAGCGGAAUUCCUCCAGAACUUUUUCGGUUAGAAGAGCUAACAACUUUGGAUCUAUCCCAUAACAAGCUUAAGGAAGUUCCUGAAGGAUUGGAACGAGCUAAAAGCCUUUUAGUUUUGAAUCUAAGCAAUAAUCAAAUUGAAUCAAUUCCUACGGCGCUAUUUAUUCAUUUAACUGAUUUACUUUUUCUUGAUCUUUCAAACAAUCGUUUGGAAACAUUACCUCCACAAACACGUCGUCUCGCGAAUUUACAAACUUUAAAUUUAGCGGAUAACCCAUUGGAAUUAUUUCAGCUUCGACAAUUGCCAUCUCUUCAAAACCUUGAAAGUCUUAAUAUGCGGAACACACAACGUACUUUAUUAAAUUUCCCUACUACGUUGGACAGUUUAUCAAAUUUAGCUGAAUUAGACAUCUCAAAAAAUAUGUUGCCAAAAAUACCAGAUUGCGUAUAUAAUUUACCAAAUUUAAAACGUAUCAACCUUAGUGACAAUCUCAUUACUGAGCUAAGCUCUAGUGUUGAAUUUUGGCAAAAACUUGAAAUACUAAAUUUAUCACGCAAUCAAUUAACUGCUUUACCAGCGUCUAUAUGUAAAUUAACGUACCUUCGACGACUGUUUCUAAACGACAAUCGCCUAGAUUUUGAUGGAAUCCCUUCGGGAAUAGGAAAAAUGUGUUCUCUGGAAGUAUUUUCUGCGUCUAACAAUGUCUUGGAGAUGAUUCCUGAAGGUUUAUGCCGUUGUGGAGCUUUAAAAAAGCUAAAUUUGAGCUCAAAUAGGCUUAUAACUUUACCAGAGGCCGUUCAUUUGCUUGAAGGCUUAGACCAGCUAGAUUUACGAAAUAAUCCUGAUUUAAUUAUGCCACCAAAACCAUGUGAGGUUGUUAAAGGUGCUGGUAUAGAAUUCUACAACAUUGAUUUCUCACUACAAACUCAAUUGUUGCUAGCUGGAGCUGCACCUCCAGCUUCAAUACCGGCAGUAUCUAGCACUAAGGAUUCUACUGCGCGCAAAAUUCGUCUUCGUCGUGGUCCCCGGUCCGAUUCUGAACAAGAUUCUGCAAAAAUUUUAAAAGGCAUGAAGGACAUAGCUAAAGAUAAAGAUGAAUCCCAGGAUUCAUUUGAGGACUUACAACCUGAAUCGCUAAAACCAAAGCGUUGGGAUGAAUCAUUGGAAAAACCGCAUUUGGAUUAUUCCAAAUUUUUUGAAAAAGAAGACGGCCAGUUUUCCGGCCUAACUAUAUGGGAAAUAGAAAAUUUUUUACCAAACAAAAUCGAAGAAGUAGCUCACGGAAAGUUUUACGAAGGAGAUUGCUACAUAAUUCUUAAAACUUAUUUGGAUGAGUUAGGACAACUAGCAUGGCAAAUAUAUUUUUGGAUUGGUAAUGAAGCAACGCUAGACAAGCGCGCAUGCGCUGCAAUACAUGCAGUUAAUUUACGUAAUUACUUAGGUGCUCGUUGCCGUACAAUACGUGAGGAACAAAAUGAUGAAUCCGAAGAAUUUUUGGAACUAUUUGAUACUGAAGUAACAUAUAUUGAAGGCGGUCGUACGGCCACAGGUUUUUACACAGUUGAAGAUAUGUUAUAUACCAAACGUUUAUAUCGUGUGCAUUCCGCUGGUUCAUCGAUUCAUUUGGAACCCGUUGCAUUACAUUUUGAUUCCCUUGAUCCCCGAUUUGCUUUUAUGUUAGACUGUGGUAUCAAAUUAUAUAUCUGGCUUGGGUGUGCAUCAAAAAGUACAUUGAACUCCAAAACACGACUGAUGGCAGAAAAAAUUAACAAAACCGAGCGGAAAAAUAAAUGCGAAAUAAUUGUAGAAAUACAGGGAGAAGAAAGUGAUGACUUUUGGAAGAACUUUGGAAUUGAUUCAGACGACGUGUCAAAGAAAAAAAUAUCUCAGCAUGUUCCAGAGUGUUUUGAGCCUGUUAUUCCCCGUCUUUAUCAGGUUCAACUCGGUAUGGGCUAUUUGGAGCUGCCUCAAGUAGAAUUGACAGACCAAAAAUUGGUUCAUACUCUAUUGAAUAGUAAAAAUGUUUACAUAUUGGACUGUUAUACAGAUUUGUUUGUAUGGUUUGGUAAAAAAUCGACCCGACUGGUGCGAGCAGCUGCAAUAAAGUUGUCGCGAGAACUGUUUCAGAUGAUAAAUCGCCCAGCUUUUGCAUUGGUCACUCGAUUGCAGGAAGAAACGGAAUCUCAAAUAUUCAAAUCUAAAUUUGUUGGUUGGGACGAAGUUAUGGCUGUAGAUUUUACAAGAACAGCUAAAUCUGUUGCUAAAACCGGCGCAGACUUGACUAAAUGGGCUCGUAAGCAGGAAACUCGUGCUGAUUUAGCAGCUCUUUUUAUGCCACGCCAAAAUGCAAUGCCCCUUAAUGAAGCUGAACAACUAGAAGAGGAUUGGAACUACGAUCUUGAAGCAAUGGAAGCUUUCGUAUUGGAAGGAAAAAAAUUUGUACGUUUGCCAGAAGAAGAGUUGGGCAAUUUCUAUACUGGAGAGUGUUAUGUGUUUUUGUGCCGCUAUUGCAUACCCGUCGACGAAGAAGACGAAGUGGAUGACAUCAAACAGUCCGAUGAUGAGAUUCAAUGCGUAGUAUAUUUUUGGCAGGGACGAAAUGCGAGCAAUAUGGGCUGGUUGACAUUUACAUUUACUUUACAAAAGAAAUUCAAGGCCAUGUUUGGAGAAGAAUUGGAAGUAGUGCGCAUUCAUCAACAACAAGAAAAUUUGAAAUUCAUGGCCCAUUUUAAACGCAAGUUUAUAAUUCAUACCGGGAAACGAAAGGAUAAAGCGAAAGAUUCUAAUAUAAAACCUGUCGUCGAGUUCUUUCAUUUACGUUCAAAUGGUGGGGCAUUGUGUACUCGCCUUAUUCAAAUCCAGCCAGAUGCCACAAAUUUGAAUUCAGCAUUUUGUUAUAUUUUAUAUGUACCUUUUGACACUGAAGAUGAAGCGCAAUCGGGAAUAGUUUACGUUUGGUUGGGUUCAAAGUCUGCACCAGAGGAAGCAAAGCUUGUCCAAGAAAUCGCUGAGAAAAUGUUUAAUAAUCCUUGGGUUAGUUUACAGAUUUUAAACGAAGGAGAAGAACCAGAAAACUUUUUCUGGGUUGCCUUGGGUGGACGCAAAACUUAUGAGAGAGAUGCUGACUUUAUGAAUUAUACCCGACUUUUCCGAUGUUCUAAUGAGAAAGGUUAUUUCACUGUUGCAGAAAAAUGUACUGAUUUUUGUCAAGACGAUUUGGCAGAUGAUGACAUAAUGAUAUUGGACAAUGGUGAACAAGUAUUUUUAUGGCUUGGUUCCAGAUGUAGUGAAGUGGAAAUAAAAUUGGCGUAUAAGUCAGCGCAGGUUUAUAUACAACACUUACGCAUCAAACAACCAGAUAAGCCUCGAAAGCUUUUCCUCACUCUGAAAAAUAAGGAGUCUAAACGUUUUACGAAAUGUUUUCAUGGAUGGAGUACUCAUAAAUCUCCUCCAGAGUAGUCGAUUCAGUACUUUUCAAGCACAAGCGCGAUUAAAAAUUAACAAUCUUAUAAUAAUAUAAUGUUCAUAAUUAUAUAUUUUCAUUUGUAAGUAUAAAAGCAACUGCGAAUUAAGUUGUGGAUAAGUAUUCGACAUAUAUACAUAUGUAUGUGUGUGUCUCAUUUUAAUCAGUUUGAAUUAAUCAUUAAUGUUGUUCAUUUCAAAGUUUUCAUAAAAACGGGGCAACAAUAUGUACUAAUAAGAAUCUAA